AUGACUAGAUUUACUUCUUGGGUAGUUGGCAUUUUGCUGCCGUUGCAACUUGCUUAUACUUCGUCAGCUAUUGACUAUACACCUAUACAACCCCCUUCUUAUCCUUUGGCUGUUCGAAAUCCAUAUCUCUCAGCGUGGCUACCCGGUGAUCAAGUUGCGAAGCUACCAACAGCUCAACCACAAUUCUGGUAUGGAAACAAUCUCGGAUGGUCCGUCCUUGCAAACGUCGACAGGCAGACGUACAACCUGUUCGGCGUUUCCCGUCCAGCAGUCAACACCAAAGCGGCUACAGUCGUUAAAGCAAGCUUCACAUCCACUCAUUCAAUCUUCGUUGUCACCGCAGGGAAUGCCCAAUUCACACUGGACUUCUUCUCUCCGGUCUCACCAAAAGAUUAUGUCAGGCAAUCACUUCCAUUCUCAUAUCUCUCCAUCACUACAGCAACGACCAACGAACGACCAUCCGACAUUGAUAUAUACUCUGAUAUCGACGAGUCCUGGACUGGAGACAAAGCCAACUCUUGCUCGAAUUCAGUUUCGAACGGCACCCAUCUGUAUGAGUUCAGUGCCAAUGGAGCUACGUAUUCUCAGUCGCGUACGGAGCUUGCUCUCUGGGGCAAAGUGGUGUUUGCAGCUCAUCAAUCUGAAAUUCACACACUUUCGUCAAUGUCUGGGCCGUCAGAAGCUACGCGAGCGCAGUUCCAAGCCACAGGAAAUUUGACCGCCUUGAGUCAAGGUGACACUUGUCAGACUGGUGGCUCAUACGGAUUUGCUUAUAGGCUUGGGUUGAUCCAAAAGCCAGCCACUGUCAGAUAUGCUGUCGGUGUAGUUCGAGAGGAUGCCAUCAAUUAUCUUGGGUCGCCUCAGACGCACUAUUACAGAAGCCAAUACUCGGAUAUCCCAAGUGCAGUCAAUCAUUUCUUCGACGACUAUGAUGCUGCGCUCAAGGAGUCCAAUGAUCUGGACGCGUCGAUUAAAAAUACCGGGACUGAUCUCGCUGGCAAGAAUUACUCGGACAUCCUCGCUCUGUCCAUGAGACAAGUCAUGGGCGGGAUUGACCUCACUAUACCCGCCGACACACUGAACACGAGCGAAGUGCAAGCAUUCAUCAAGGAGAUCUCCUCUGAUGGAAACAUGAACACAGUCGACAUCCUAUACCCAGCAUUGCCGUUCUUCUACGUGUUCGCGCCUGAAUACAUCCGGCUUCUUCUAGAUCCGGUAUUGAAGUACCUCAAGUCAGGAAAUUAUCCAAAUCCGUGGGUAGUUCACGAUAUUGGGACGAACUAUCCCAAUGCAACCGGGUAUGAUGGAGGUAACGAUGAGCGGAUGCCUCUUGAAGAAACCGGCAACCUUUUCAUCCUCGUUGAUGCCUAUGAGAAGGCGACUGGUGAUAAGACUUGGGCAAAGCAGUACGACAGCAUCUGGCCUGGCUAUGCAGUAUAUCUCGACAACUACGGUCUUUAUCCCUCAAACCAGUUGUCUACUACCGACGGUCUGGGAGCUUUUACUAACAUGACGAGCUUGGCCAUCAAGGCAGCAGUGGGAUUGUCGGCCUAUAGCUCCAUCUCUGGCCAACAAAAGUGGGGAGGAAUCGGAGCAGCCUUUGCAGCGACAAUACUCGUGCCAGGUACAGGAACCGCAAAUUCGUCCAUCACCAAGUUACCAUACCUUGACCUCACCUAUGGCACUAAAGAUUGGUACUUGACCUUCAACCUCUACCCACAGGCUCUCCUGAACCUCACCACAUUUCCUUCCUCCAUAUUCGAGUCUCAAUCCGACUUCUACCCCACCGUACGCAGUCAAGGUGGCGUGGCCAUCUCUUCCAACGCACUCUGGGGCAAAACGGACUGGGACUUCUGGGUCGCAGCGACGAGCUCGGAGAAGACGAUGAAUAUGUUCGUGGACGAUGUGUGGGCUUACGCCAGUAACAAGAAGAACACUCAACCGUUCAGUGACAGGUAUUACGUCAAAGGAGACAAGGAAGGUCUUGCAGAAUUCAGGGCCAGGCCUACCGUGGGUGCACACUGGGCUAUCUGGGCACUGGUCAAGGGACCCAACUCAGGCUAG